AUGCCGGCAGAAAAGCGUUUCGAAGUCAGGCACACGAUAUUGAGAGUCAGGGCUGCCCUCGGACCCCUCGCGAGACCCAAGAUCUCCACAAAGAGCAAAAAGUUCAUCUGGCACCAGUCAGACCGACACGUCAAAAUUAAGCGGAAACUCGGCGGCAUUGAUGAUGGGGGUGCAGAAGGCUCAAGGCCAGAUCUUGACGCCCAACACCGCCCAUGGCAGCAGCAGGAACACAAAGCACAUGCUGCCCAGUGGCUUUUGGAAGUCGCUGGCCCACAAGGUCAAGCAGCCCUCGGUGCUGCUGUCAUGCAGCGGAUCUUAGGUGCUGAGAUGGUUCACGACGUCUCCUCACAGGACCGGGAAGCCACCGGGAAAGAGCUGGCCAUCAGAGUCACCAACCCCAAAGCCAGGCUGCACAGCGAAGAGCAUGAACAGACAGCUUGUGUGCACAUUGUACUCGUGUUACUAAAACCAUAA